UACGGUAGUGGUACUGGUACCGGUACCGGGUACCGGUAUCUUUUGAGAUCUUUCGUGAAAGCGAAGUCUGAUCCUGGCUCCUUCCGAGCAGCACCUUUACUAACAUCAAGCCAGGGAGCAGAGGAAGAGGAAGCACCACAACCUUCAGUCUUUUGGAGAUCUAUCUGGUUUUGUUGAGUAGCGUGUUGUAGUAUCAAUUUAUGAUAACAUGACCACCAAUCCUCAAGAGAUCGCCGCACAGGCCUUUGUGGAUGAUUUCAACAAAGAGUAUGAGGCCAAGCAUCUGGCCUUUGAGAAACAGUUCUGGGGGAACAAAAUGGCCCUCUCCAGCACGCCCGAAGAUACCUAUUCCAGUGACUUGUUGAGUUCGACCAAGGCAGAAAUGGAGAAUCUCUUGUCGGAUCCUACCGUUCUUCAAAGGGCACAAGAGUUUCGCAACAAUCUAAUAAUGGCAGAGAAGAAAGAUACGCCCCCAGAGGACAAUCUGAUGAAAACCUUGGAUAUCAUUAUCAAAACUUGUAAAUGCUACGAUAUGAGUUCCGCCCCCGAAGCUCGCAAACUUCGAGAAGACACUUCCAAAUUGGAAAGUUCACUGGAGCUGGCGAGGAAUCGAUCCUUGACGUUGGGAUACACUCUAUUGGAUGGAACCUUUCAGGAGACGUCUUCUGUGGGUCUUCGAAAUGUCAUGAAAACCCACCAAGAGGAAGCCGUGCGUAAAUCGGCCUAUGAUGCUUUGCGUUCCAUUGGACCAUUUUGCUUGGGCCAUGGCUUUGUCGAGAUUAUCAAAUUGCGCAAUCGGAUGGCCAAGAGUCUGGGAUUUCAGGAUUAUUAUGACUACAAAGUCACAAAUUCAGAAGGCUUUGGCAAAGACAAGCUCUUUCAGAUAUUGGACACGUUGGAACAAGGCACUCGGCCAAUCAUGGAAAAGGCACGAACUGAAUUGGAACGGCGAUUUGGAAAGGAAGCUCUGGAACCCUGGAACACUGGGUUUAUGAUAUCGGGAACCGCCCAGGCCAGAAUGGAUACAUAUUUCCCCUUUGGCAAGGCCGUGGAACGCUAUGUGCGAUCGUACGCAGCCAUGGGCAUCUCUUACGAAGGGUCUGUGAUGAACUUGGAUCUUUUGGAGCGCAAAAACAAGCACGACAAUGGGUUUUGCCAUUGGCCUGCGGUUGCUUGGGUAAAGCCAGAUGGAAGCUUCCAGCCAGCCACAACCAACUUUACAUCUUGUGCCGACCCAAAGGCCGUCGGAAGUGGCUUGGCAGCUCUCACCGUGUUGUGCCAUGAAGCAGGUCAUGCAGCGCACUUCGCCAAUGUGAAGCAACCCAGCCCGUUGUUCAGUCAAGAGAGAGCCCCUACAAGCGUUCCUUACGCGGAAAACCAAAGCAUGUUCUUAGAUUCACUGGUGGGAGAUGCGGCUUGGAGGGCUGUCUACGCGAGAAAUGACAAGAACGAGCCCAUCCCGUUUGAUUUGAUCGAGGAGGAAGUGCGUUCCAACCACCCGUUUGCUGUGUUUCAACUGCGGGGAAUGCUAUCCGUGUCUUACUUUGAAAAGGCACUCUACGAGCUCCCGGAGGAGGAGGUGACAGCUGACAAGAUCAAAGAACUAGCCGAUGAAACGGAACUGAAGAUCCAAGGCGGCUAUUCCAUUCGACCCAUCUUGGCGUAUCCUCAUAUAAUAUCAGACGAAGCAUCAUGCUAUUAUCACGGGUACACCCUUGCGGAAAUGAGCGUUCAUCAGACCAGAUGUUUCUUCAAGGAACGAGAUGGCUUUAUCGUUGAUAACCCGAAGGUUGGACCAACCCUGACGGAAGCUUAUUGGAGGUGUGGCAACUCGAGAGCGUUCCUUGAAAUCGUGAAGGAUCUAACAGGCAAGGAGCUCGCGGGAGAAUCGUGGGUGGAUGCCCUCAAAGAAUCCGUGGACGACAAAGUCCAGCGGGAGCGAAGGGAAUACGACGAAGCAUUGGCAAAGGCAGAAUCCCAGACGACAGUGGUCAAUGAUGAUCUGAAUGCCAUUUUGAACAUGACAAUCCGUUUCGUAGACGGGGACACGCUCAUUGCAGAUUCGUCCAAGGUCGAAGGCGGUAUUCUGGGUGCCUGCCAAGCUUUCGAAACAUUUGUCGAAGCAAGGUAGCAUGGUGUGUGUCUAUGAUAGCUGCCACCUGUGAGGGUGGCCCUUUUGGAUCUGUAGCAGGUACACAUGUACCGGUAUCCUUGAAAUAAGUCUUGGUAUUGUUCUAUCUUUGAGUGCAGUCCAUGCUACC